AUGGUGAUUGAAGGAAUUUUCUUAGGCCACAAAGUAUCUAAAGCUGGGUUGGAAGUAGAUGAAGCCAAGAUAGAUGUCAUAGCUAAACUUCCACCACCAUCAAAUGUUAAAGCUCUACAAAGUUUUCUAGGGUAUGCUGGCUUCUAUCGAAGGUUCGUUAGAGGAUUCUCUCAAAUUUCACGACCCCUGAGCGCAUUACUAGAGGCGAACCGACCCUACGAUUUCAAUGAAGACUGCUGUGACGCGUUUGAAACAUUGAAAUAUGCAUUGACUAUAGCCCUGGACAGAAAGGGAACUAAGAAUCAGGUGGCUGACCACCUAUCCAGGUUAGAAAAUCAAGAAAUGCAAGAUCAAGAAAGUGAAAUCAAGGAUGCAUUUGCUAAUGAAAGCUUGUUCAGAGUUGAAGACAGGGAACCUUGGUACGCGGAUUAUUUAACUACCAAGCAAUUCCCUGGGAACUUCAACUCUCAGCUAAAGAAACGAUUAGGCAUUGAUUUUAUGGGACCUUUUACCCUGUCCUGCGGCCAACAAUAUAUCUUGCUUGCAGUAGACUAUGUAUCAAAGUGGGUAGAAGCAGUAGCUUGUGCCAGAAAUGAUGCGUCCACUGUUUCUAAGUUUCUUACCAGAAACAUCUUCACACGCUUUGGAACACCAAGAGCCCUGAUAAGUGAUGAAGGUACGCAUUUCAUUAAUCACAUCAUUUCUAAAUUACUUGCCAAAUAUAAUGUUAGGCACAAGAUCGCUACCGCCUACCACCCACAAACAAAUGGUCAAGCUGAGGUAUCCAAUAAGGAAAUAAAAUCUAUCCUGGAGAAAGUUGUCAACGCAUCGCGGAAGGACUGGGCACAGAGGCUGGAUGAAGCACUUUGGGCCUACAGGACUGCCUACAAGACCCCCUUAGGGAAGUUAAAGUCAAGGUGGUCAGGACCAUUCAUCAUUAAAGCAGUCUUUCCAUAUGGAGCAGUGGAAUUAACACGGGAGGAUGGCACCAAUGCGUUCAAAGUAAAUGACCAAAGAGUGAAGCCAUACUUUGAAGAUGGCAUGGAACGUCAAAAGUCAUCUCUUGCACUACGCGAAGCCAGCUGA